AAAAUGGCCGGCAAGCAAGGGUACAGUUGUCUCUCUGAUGGCUCUGUGGAUGUUCCGUCUUCUAGCCCUGAAGGCACCCUGACUCUCAGUCCUCAUAGCCCAGGGCUGUGCCUCAUCUCCCCUCCCGUUUCAGAGUCCCACUGGCUGAGCAAUGCACCACCACAGUCCAAGUCACCAUCAGAAGUGAACAUCACUUUGGAGGAGCUCCUGGCUCCCAUUACUGAAAAGCUCAAGUAUUUGCUGAAGAAAGCAGAGGACUUCCAGACAUACUUGUUGUACAGCAGAGACAGAAUGCAGAAGGAGCAGUUUGCCAAAGCCAUGCCCACCUUUCUGCAGAUGUGCCAGCCUUACUUCCACUAUCUGGAAUCCACAGCACGCAGCUGCACACCUUAUUUAAGACUCCCGCAGGAGCCAGUGAGGAGGCGGCUCCUGGAGAUCUCUCAGCAGUUGGCUUGCCAGCUGGAGCAACUGGUGCUGAUGUAUGCUUCCUUCAGCUUUGUCUCCCUAGAAGACACAGACCCAUUCAGUGUCUCAUGUUUCUUCUGUGGGAAGUUUUGGCUGAAUGAGGCACGGCAGGUUUCCAUCUUCCGAUAUUGCAUCUCAGCACCCUACACAGCCGCUCAUGUGCCCCACAACUUAUACAAGAAGAUGCGCUGGAACCUUGACAUCUUGGAAGGGUCUGCCAGCCGGAAUCAAACACCUCGCACAGAAUACUACUUCCUAUGCUUCCGUGAUACAGGAGAUGAAACCACAGUGAAGAUGCAGAAGCUCUGGUCCAUUGGACGCUGGGUACCCGUAGAUCCUGAUGGUGAGCACAGCUCCGAUGUACUCUCUUGGGUGUUGUGCCACCAGCCCAUGGGGGAUUACCAGCAGCUUGUGACAAUUGGAUUUGAAGAGCCUUCCCACACCUUAGCCACAGACCUCUUGGUACAGAUGCUAAAUGCUCAGAGUUCUGGCCUGCUUAAUCGCGAGUCCUCCUGCUGGGUGAGCCCAGGGGAACAGGUGCAGUAA